UCGAGGUGUAGUCCGAUCAUUUCACCACUGGACUCCAGUAGAGUGAGAUGAGAGAGACGAUGGUGUCUAAAUGGUUCAUCUUUGGCUUGAUAAGCCUUCAUCUGAUGGGUUGCGCUGGUGGUAACGAGAUGUGUAAGGCAUCCAUUGGACAUGGAUGGGCGUGUCCUCCUACUUGGUACCAGUGGGGACGCAAAUGCUACAAAGCCAUGAUCACUGAGCCCAUGACAUGGUUUGAGGCAAAAGAGGAGUGCAUCAAGAUGGGAAGUGUCUUGGUCGUGCCACUGUCUCAGGAGGAAACUGAUUUCCUCAUGCUCCUAGUGCCAGAGUCAUCCAGUAUUUGGAUCAAUUGCAAUGAUCUCGAGAAAGAAGGUUCGUUGGAAUUCGAAACUCAAGUUGGGUUGGAUGAUGUUAGUUAUUUCAGAAGAUGUAUUUCUGUAAUAUCCACCUCGACCCCGUAGUUAAUUUAAAAUUACGUGGUUUUUUUUACAGGUACUUGGAAGUGUCAGGAUGGUACUGACGAGGUGGAGUUGAGGACUUGGCCGACUAAGGGGCGUCAACCUAGCAACUCUGGAGGAGAUGAGCACUGCGCUGAGAUACGGCCAAAUGGGAUAUGGAACGAUAACCAGUGUACUAGGAAACGUCCUGCGAUAUGCAUUCAUCCUGCACCACAGCUGCACGAAGAAGCAACAGUGUUUGUUGGCUGUCAACAAGAUAUGGACACGCUGCAAUAAACCUCAAGAAUGCAAUGCUUAUUCUGUCAAAUGUAUAUAGAAAUUGAAAGUCACCAACACCAGACUCUAGCAAGAGGAUGAACACAGUGGUCUUUUUCUUCCCAGCGAUGCAGGCGAUAACACUGAUUGUAGCGGUUAUUACCCUAGAAAGCUUCUUCCACACCCGGGCUGGAUUCCCCAAUUUUGUGAGGUAAAGAGCGGUGUGGGAGUAGCUAAUAAGUAUGAGGUUGAUUGCUUUGUCCACACCAUCCGCUUAUUUGACUGCAAGCGUGCUGACUGGAUAAUGUCGUAUAAAGGAAAUGACGAAACCCCAACGAGGCAUCUUCGAUUUGAUGCUAAAACCUUGAUUGGAAUCUCCUCCAGUCAGCCGUCUCAGCUGAUUGAAUGGAACGCUUUCAACGGUUCAAGUCGACAUGUCCUGAGGGGCCAGACGGGAGAAAUAGUGGAUCUGUCACUGAGAAGUCAUCUUGCUGCCAGUGCCACCGACUCCUUGCGGUUGUGGGAUGUUGACAAGGGCGUGUGUCUGCACAUCUUUGAGCCUUCCUUGGAAUUCAGUAUGUGCCUUCUGGUGGGAGAGCGCCUUCUCGGUGGGUUUCAGAACACUCUCUCUGCUUGGGAUGUAGUAUCCAAGCAUCAUCUGUUCACCAUCACAGACUGUCAACUGAGUUUGGUGUUUAAUGACUCCAUUGUCGCUUGCUGGUAUGGUAAUCCUCGCGUAUGGAAGCACAAUGGUGAUCUCAUCAACACCUUCCCCAUAUUCCAGGAUAUAUCCGGGGAUAUAUCCGGGAAUAUAUAUGAAGGGCAUGUUGGAGGCACAAGGAUGGCCGUUAGUCAGUGCCGAUUCAAAGGAUUUAAAAUGUUUACUACGGGAGAAAAACCAGUCAGCGUCCAUUAA